AUGGCAGUCGAAGUUUUGGAUGAAAAUGACAACGCCCCCGUCUUUGAAAAAGAAAUUUAUUACCUAAACGUUACCGAAAAUACAGUACCAUCAGCACCAAUACUAAAAUUAACAACCUUUGACAAGGAUCUUGGUGAUAAUGCUCAAUUUACGUACUCAAUAGCACCAAAUGACAAGUUUGAUGACAAUAUCGUUGCAAUUCAUCCACAAAAUGGGUAUCUAGAGUUGAGGAAAGAGCUAGAUAGAGAAGAUAAAAGUGAAUAUUUGCUGGUAAUUGAGUGUAUUGAUGAUGGUAAUCCACCACAAAUUGGAAGAACACUUGUUCAUGUUACUGUAGAUGAUCAGAAUGACAAUCCACCAAAGUUCAAUAAAUUAUUAAAAGUAAGAAAAGAGCUAUUUUAUAGUAAAAUAAGUCUUUCUUGUAAAUUUUGUAGGAUUGACGAAAUGUCACAAAAACUAUUGCUUUUUUUCAAAAAGUUGACGAAAUGUCACAAAAAUUAUUAAUUUAUAAAAAAAGUAAUGUACCGUCUUUUAGGCUGAUGUUUAUGAAAAUGUUCCAAUUGGAACGCAUUUCUACACAAUUAAAGCUACAGAUUCAGAUGAAAACAGUCAAUUGCGUUAUAAAAUUUUAAAUGGUACCUAUAGCAGUUACUUUGACGUUGAAGAACAUACUGGAAACGUUUUUACGGCUAAAGCGAUUGAUCGUGAAGUUGUUGAAGAAAUGGAUUUGCAGGUAUGUUGAUGUAUUAUGUAAUGAGCAAUGUACUGAAAAAAGUGGCGAGGCAGAAGUAAAAGCAGAGUAGAGCAAAGCUGAAGUAAGGUGAAAAUACAGCUAGAAAAAGCUGUUAUUUGGUAAAGCUAAAGAAGAGCAUAGCUAGAGUCAAGCUAGGAAUUGAAACUAGGGCUAGAGCUAGACUUGAGGUUAAGGUUGAGACUAGGCUCAAGCCAAAGCUGAAGCUAGGAAUGAGAUUAAGGCUAAGACUAAACCUGAGGCUAGAUCUGAGGCUAGAAAUGAGGCAAGAACUAAAGCUAAGAAUGAAGUUAGGCCUAAGGCUAAGCUUAAGAGUAACACUAACAUAGCGUAAAGCUAAAGCAGAGCAAGAGUAUAGCUAUAUUAAUAGCUAAGGCUAUGAUAAAAGCUACGAUAGUGUCGCAGUAACACAUUUCGUGUAAGACUACGUUUAAUACUGUUUUCAGAUCCUAUGUUACGACAACGAAUGGCAAGUAACGACUCAAAUGGCAAUUUAUAUUCAAGAUGUCAACGAUAACGCUCCAAAGUUUACUCAUGAUUACUACAAUUUUACUAUUUCACCAAAAGUUCAAAUUGAUGGCAUUAUUGGUACUAUACAUGCUACAGACGCUGACAUAGGCAAAAACGCUAAAGUUAGCUACUUUAUCAAAACUUCUGAUGAGAACGUGAGAAUUGAUGUAACUAGUGGUAACAUUAUUCUUGUCAGAGCGUUUAACAGUAAUCAUUGGCUUACUGGUACUACAGUCGACUCUAGAAGUCUUGAGUUUACUGCUGUAACUUUUACUGUAAUAGCAAGAGAUCAUGGUUAUCCAAGUCUACAUAGUACAACAAAAGUUGCUCUGUUUGUACCUGUAGUAUCAAAGUUUGAUGCAAACGUACAGAAGAUGUUAUACGAUACUUUGGCAGUUUACCGUGCAACUACACAGCUUGACCAUCCAAGAGGAAAUGACUAUAGUACUGGCUUUGAGAAUCAGACAAGUAUAGAAACUACAGUACUAACUAGCCCAGAUGCUUUGCCAAUAGAGUACAAUGCUACAGGGCUUAAAAGCUUUAAUAAUACUACAAAGUUAGACAGUAUUAUAAGUUCAGACUUUAACAGUACAAACAUCAGUACGAAAAAUUCUACCAUAAUCAACCAGGGUUACUGUAACUCAAUCAAGGAAGAAGCCAUCAAAUUUUUAAGCACUACCUACAAGUUUUACCUGCCAUUUAAUGCAACCAAAGAUGACAUAUUAGGACAAUUGAAGACCACUUCCUUUAAUAAAGAAAAAAAUGUUAUUGUCAAGCUACAAGACCAACCAUACUUUACAGUGACACAAAAAAAUCAUGAUUUGAAAGUGUUGAACAGAAUUGAAAGUGACAAAACAAUCGAAUUAUAUGCCAUUAUCAAGCAAAAGAGCUAUGAGAAAGUGCCGGAAAUGUGAGUUUUAACAUUUAUAACAUUUUUUAAAACUUUUUGGUGAAAAAAUUAAUAAACCUAAGGCGUUUUAGAGCCCACAUUGUGAUUGAAAGGUCCAACUUCUCUGCUUAUAAAUUCCAACAGCCUUUCUACAACAUUACUGUUCUUGAAACUGAUGAAAUUGAUACUGAACUACUAGACUUCAAAGUCAAUUUACCACCUACUGGAGCAGUAAGCAUCUUCAAAGGCGAUGACGAACACGUAAGCGGUUUUACUAACCUUUCUCAAGUCUACUCUACCCUACCCUAUCUUACCGUAUUAUAUCGUAUUAUACUGUACUAUACCGUAACAUGCAGUACUAUACCGUACCAUACCGUACCAUAGCAUACCAUCUGUACCAUACCGUACCAUACCCCAUCUAAGAAUACAUGUUCUUAUCUAACCUAAUACAUCUUAGAUUUUCUGCAUAAAAGGCGUGUCAAUAUUAUCUCUAUGUCAACCUCCCAACUACAAUACUCAACCCUACUACAACAUUGAGCUAGUAAUCUUUAACACCGACACUAUUGUAUCUCGUACCACCGUAAAUAUUACAGUAAUUGACGUAGACAACACUGCUCCAGUAAUCCGACCAAAUUUUGAAUUUUUCAAAAUUUUAGAAAAUUUGAAAGUCUUUGGAAUCAUUGGCAAGAUUACUGUAUUUGACCCAGAUACUGUAGAAACUUUGCAUAUUUUUACUUUUAAAAUUACUGGAGAUAAUCGACAAGAUGUUAUAGUAGAUUCUGAUGGCGUUUUAUAUGCUAAUACAACUUUCGAUCGUGAAAAGAGGUCAAUGUUACAGUAUACGAUAGAGAUAUCGGACUUGGCUGGAAACAUGGCUAUAUCUACAUUUUAUGUCAUCGUAGAUGACCAAAUUGAUAAUGCGGUCACUAACAAUACUAUCAACUAUUUUUACGUCGCUGAAAGUUACAGUAAUCUUACGUUGACGUCUGUAACACCAGCUUCUUAUGAUACUGCCUUACCUGAUGUCAAGUGUAAUAUCGAGAAAAGUGAUCAUAACUUGUUAAAUAUUUCAAAUGAUUGUGACCUAGUAAUUGGCAAUGUGAAAGACAAUAUGACAGUUAGGAUAAGUGCUAACACAAAGCAGAAAAUUGUAAAAUACGAUGUAAAUUUGGUAGUAAUGAAACCGUUACAUGGAUUUGAUAGCAAUAUUGAUGUCAUUGCUAUUGAACUAACUGGAACGGAUGAUGGUGUAGCUCAGUUUGUUAGAAUGUUUGACAAACUCAAUAGUGAUGUUGUAAGUUAUAUUUUAAAACUUUAUUCUUAUUUUAGCCUCAGCACUAGCCUUAGCUUUUUUAGUGCUUUAGCCUUAGCAUUUACUCUAUAACGCGCUACUGAAGCCUUGUCUUUUCCUAACAAACGGUACUCAAUCUAUCUUUUAUUACCAUUUUUAUUCUACCUACGUUCAUAGUUUUGUUCUUAAAUUUCUAACAUAGUAUUUACUUUCACUAUAAGCUUUAGUGCCUUAACAAGUACUGAAGCUUCUACUGUUAAUGGAAAUUCUAUUCGAGUUCGAGUUACUUCUCUAGCUUUACCUUAGCUUUUUAGCUGGUAGUAGGUGUUACCCAAUCUUUUUAGCUUACUGUAAACUUGUCAAGCUUCUUAAACUGAGAGUUACAGUCAAGCUCCUUUGUUAGCUCUACUAAAACGUUUUUUUUUUGUUUUUACUUUUACUUUGGGUUUUACUUGUACAUUGGCUUUUACUCUAAACUCUACCUUAACCUGUACACCAUUCCUUACCCUAGACUCUGCCUUAAUCGUCGAGAUAAAAGCUUUUACAUUGGUUUCUAAACAAACCUUUACUUCAGCUAUUUUCUAGCCUUUUUCUUGUGUUAUAUAAGCAUUGCUACAACUUUUCUUCUAACCUCUAUUAAUGCGACUGUUAUAGCUCUUUUAUAACUUACCUUAUUUUAGAUAUCCUCUUAACCACAACUUAAAAUUACAAUUAUUCAUUUUCAGAAACUCCACUUAAUCUCAUCAUCUCUACUGUCACCUUAUAGACACAAACUUAUAUUGUCUUUAAUCAACAGUAAUGGCAUUUUGUCAACAAUUGAAGCUGUCAACAUACUAAAAGAUUUUAUUAAUCGGAACAAAGGCAAGCUAUCAAUUUACAAAAUUAACAUCGAUGCCAACCUGUGCAUCAGAAAUUGUAGUUACGGAGAGAAAUGUGAAGCUCAAGUAACUGAUCAAAGGAAUGUCUACAGAUACUUUGAUUCUGUCAUUGAUUUACCUAAUGUUAAUUGGAAGUAAGUUUAAAAAACCAAUGUUUAUUGAUGACGUAUUUUACAUUGUUUAAUUACAUUUUAUGAUAAAUUACUUUACACUCUAGGUUAACAUAUAACCCUUGAAUUAUAUAUUUUUCAUUUUUACCUUGGACAAAAACCUUAAAUUCUUGUCCACGAAAAAUCUCUCAUAAUUUUAUGCGUUCUCUAGUUUUUCUCUAAUGCCGACGGCAAUCAGACAAAAAAAGGGAUCACAUAAAACUAUGAGAAUUUUUUCGUAAACAAGAAUGUAAGGUUUUUGUCUGAAGUAAAAAUUAAAAGUAUAUAAUUCAAGGGUUAUAUAUUACAUUUUAUGUCAACUUACUUUAGUAUAUUUAAACAUAUCUUACAGAUGUUCAUGCACAUCCUUAACCCUAGCUCAUCAAGAUUCUUGUACUGACCUAUUUACCGGAUUUACAGCUUAUCAGUCAGACCUUAUACCAACUGAACAGUCGAAAUUACAGUUAAAAACAACACCAGCCUUGACUACGCAUUUUGCGAAAGCCCCAGUUGUUAUCGACAAAGUGUACUCUUUUACGUACAAUUCGAAACUGGUACUAAACCAUAUUCAGAAUGUAUCAAAAAUAGAAUUUUUGAUUAUUACUGAAGCCUCUAAUGGCGUAUUGGUAGUACUGUACAAUGAUAAUAGCAGCCAGUUUGUAACGGUUGAUAUUGCUGAUGGCUAUGUUAGACUGUUUAGCAAGGACACUGAUAAUGUUGUGAGUUAUAAAAAUUUUAUUAAUCAAAAUAUUUAUAUAAAGACUAUAGUACAAAUUAUAAUAACGACUGGAUAGAGUAGAGACUAGAGUUGAGGCUACAGUAUAUAUAUACUUAAGUAGAAGUUAGAGUAGGGCUGUAUGUAGUAAGUACUUGCAGAGGCUAGAAUUAGAGCUAUAUUAGAAGCAAAAGUAGAGACUAGAAUAAGUAAUAGAGCAGAGGCUAGGCUAGAGGCUAAAACGGAGGCUAAGGUAUGCGCUAACGUGCAAGCCAGGGUAGGUAUCGGAGCCAUAGUAGAUGGCUCUACUAGAUCAAGACUUGGAGAGUUAGUGAAAGGUAAAAACUAUUGUAUAAGCAAGGGCAGACAUGAAGAACGCGCUUGGCUGGGCCUGGCGUAAAUUUAGGUCGGGUCCGGCCUGAGAAAAAUUUUUAUCGGGCCGAGCUUAACAUUUCAGCCCGACCCGGCUCGUUGUUCACGUCUAGGCAAAAAAAAGGACUAUAGUAAAGGCUAGGUCGAAAUUUGUAGUAGAAGUAUAAGUUAGAUUUCUUAUCUCAAGCUUAUUGUAAUUUAAAUUUUUUAGGUAUCUAAAUUUCGUAUCAACGACAAAACAUGGUAUAAGUUAUCAAUGCAUCUUACGCCAACUAUCGUUACCUUAUCUAUUACACCUUGUGUAACUACAGAUUACUGUAACAUUACUUCUGAAUCCACUAUCAAUCUUAACUACUCAAAACAACAAAACUACAGUAGUCUUACCACUAACUCAAUGCAAAACAUCAUGUUUGGAAGUACAGGAAAUAUGUCAGAAUUAGCCUCUGACACUGAUUUUCAUGGUUGUUUGACCAAAGUUAAUGUGAAUAACUUUCCAAUAGACAAGUAUCAGAGUCAAUUUCAAGCCGAUGGACUGUUAACGCAUUGUUAUUUGACUGACAAGGUUAAUUUGAAAGCAGAGAAGUUAAAUUGUAGUAGUGGAGAAAGAGCGUACCUGUACGGUGAAGAGUACUGUAACUGUGAAGAUGAUGUUUAUGAUAGCACUUGUGAUUACGGUAGGUCUUUAGUACUUCUAAUUCUUAAUAUUGCCUUGCCUUGCCUUGCCUUGCCUUGCCUUGCCUUGCCUUGCCUUGCCUUGCCUUGCCUUGCCUUGCCUUGCCUUGCCUUGCCUUGCCUUGCCUUUGCCGUAUAGGCCAUCCUACUCUAUCUUACCCUACUCUACUCUUAACAUUACCUAUUUAAUCAAUCAUUACGAGUUCUUUCAGAUUCUACCUUAAUAUCAGACAAAAACUUGACCAUAAAGUUAAUACCAACGCUACAUUUUAAACGUAUAAUAAGCUUCAAACCUAGAAAUCAAACUUCUAACGUAAAUGUACUUCAAAAACGUCACGGUAUUCGACGUUUGCAUAAAAUACGAGACGUAGAAGGUCAUGAAUCAUCAGACGAUACAUCUUUGUUAAACUACAAUCUACUUGAAUUUGAUUUACAGACAUAUUCCAUUAACAUAACUGUAGUUCAAAUUGAGUUCAAGUACUGUAGAAUAGAGGUUAUAAAAAAUGGAAAUGGCUUUGAAGUGGUCUUGUCAGCAAGCGAUGCGAAGAAAAUACAAAAAAGAUUUGAGUUUGAAGAAAAAGUUGAUAAAGAAGGUUUCUUCAGGAUCAAGGUAAGUAUUACACAAAAACGAUUUUAUUUUAAAUACUUUUUAAAACCUAAAGUGAUAAAAGUAAAUAACUUUAAUAUAAAGAAAAAACUUUCGUUGCAAGACCUAAACUGAGCCUCGAAGGGGUUUCAGCCUUGACCCUUGGGCCCACUUAUGCCCUUUCAAAGUUGCUUUGGCUUGCUCAACCUCGGUUUGAUCAGAUCAAGUCGAGGCCAAGCUGAGCCUUAUAGGCCCCCUUUCAAGUCUAAUUGCCAACUAAACACUUGUUUUUUAGAUCGGAUUCAACCAGUUUGGUCAAUACCUACUAAUGAUAGAUGACAAAACUAUGAACUUUGUAGACGAAGCUUUUAAAAACACAUCAACGCUAGCAACUUUAGAGUACAUUACUAUUGGAUUGCCACAGAAGUUAAUUAGUAAACAAGAAAGUGAUGGUACAGAUAAUGCAAAUGCUACUGGACUAGAUGGUUGCGUAAAAAGACUUGCUUUCAACCAACAGCUACAGAUUACAAAUGCUAAAAGUCAACAGUUAAUGAGUAAUCAGGUAAGAUUUUGCCAAGACUUUUUGUUUAAAAGCUAGCCUAGAGCCCUAGCCUAGAACCGUUGCCCAAAUUCCUAGUUCAGAUCUUUAGCCUUAGCGCAGAGCGCUAGCCCAGGACACUAGUCCAGUCCCCUAGCCUAAAGCCGAGAGCCUUAGCCCGUAGUGUUAGCCCAAAGCCAUAGCCCAAACCCUAGUCCGAAGUCCUAUCUUAAAGCUCUAGCCCAAAGCCUAGCUUAGAGCCCUAGUUGUAGCUUAUGAUUUAGCCCAGCUCAGCUUAGCCUAGCCCAACCCUGCCUCGAGUCCUAGUUCAAAGCUCUAGCAAUAAGUUUUAGUGCUAGCUCAAGCCUUAAGGCUAGAUCUAAACGAGCAGCUUAGCAUAGCAUAUUCCCCCUCCCAGCCCGGACCAGCUCUAAUCCUAGCCUUACAAACUUUUUUUUAGUUUUUCCACACCGAAUUCCCCAACCGUCCUCCAAAGAUCGGUUGUCUAAAAGCGGCGUUAUGUACUCAAUCUCACUACUGCCCUCAAAACAGCACCAACCUCAAAAUCUUCUCCUUAACAGUAAAAACCUGGAUUAUUCUUAUCAUCGGCUUCCUUACAAUCUCAUCAAUUGUAAUGAUAGCACUUGGUAUGAUGAUGAAGAGAAAGAAGAAGACAGUGACAUGUCAACGUAUCUCAAACAUGAAGUUGAUAUCAUCGUGUGGUAGAGAAGAUUGUAAGGACAUACAGUGUAGGUAUGAUUUGCAACGACCAUUCGAAAGGAGCUAUGAACCAGGCUUUGUGGAUCCAUAUGGUUCGGUUAACGUUAGUAAUGGCAAUAGCGUUUGUUCUUGUGAAAAUGUAAGAUUUUAUUAAAAUUUUAAAGUUUUAAAAUAAGUAAGGUAAAAAUUGUUUUAAAUAUAUUUAAAAAUGACAAACUUUGCUAUAAAAUGGCACUUUUAUUAAAAAAUGUAACGAAAUGUCACAAAAUUUAUCGAUUUUUUAAAUGGAUUUUUCACUAUGAAACGUAUGUUUUGUAACUUUAAAACGUUAUAUUAUGUAGAAAAUUAUUUUUUCAUAAUGUAACGAAAUGUCACAAAACUUAUUGAUUCCAUAUAAAAUAAUUAUUUGUGGCUUAUCUUGCUUUUUAUAUAUUUAAUUUCUUUAAUUGUCGUAUUUUACAAAAAUAAAUUUUGUUUUUUUUAAAUUGGACAAAAUGUCACAAAAUUUAUCGAUUUUUAACGAAAAGUAACAAAAUUUAUCGAUUUUUUUGUUUACACUAUGAUACCUUUCUGUUUCAGCCCGACUUUAUCUCAACAGCCUCCAUAGCAUAUCACAACUCCAACUACAUGAAUCUCAGCUCUAUGUCAACUUUUAAUCCACCCCCAGAAUACGAUUACCCUGCCAGUUCCGCCGAAUAUGCCAAACCAAUUGCCAUUAUUUAUUCACCUCGUAUGGAGGUGGGUUAUGUUCUCAACGAUGAAGAUGUACUCAAUUCCUCGGCCGAAACAGCUUUGUAUCAAGAAAUUGUGUAUGCUAGUCAAAACAAUUCGUCUCGCGACAAUUAG